AUGACUCCUAGCUCGCCACCUCCUACGGAGCAGCAGCAGAGUCCAACGCACUUGACAACAACUCUGCAGCCAAUUGUCACAGAGCGGCCGUCCAAUCAGCGGUCGUCCUCCUACGCAAAGGAUCGUCUAUCCACGUUCUCGAACGUCUCCUACAAUUCUCAAACCCGUUCGCGCCCCGGAUCGCAUGUUUUCCCGAUAUUCCAUUCCAGUCUGCCGUAUGCUCUGGUCCGCGACUUCGCAUACCCUCCGAUCCACCCUCUUCACUACGGGCCGCUGCCCCCUCACGCGUCCGCUGUGUCGACACCAGUGAGUGAACAGCGUCGCCUCUCGGAUCCUCCCGCGCCUUGGGACAGCUCGCGCGGUCAAUGGUCGACGCAGCCAUGGACCACCGAAAACAGCUAUGGACAUCAACAACUCCCCGCAAUGUCCUUUGGCGAUGGUCCUCCGUACAGCGAAGAUGAGGACUUGCAUAGCCCUGUGUUCCGUCACCGGAAGAACAAGUCGACUGGAACCGUUUUGAUUGGGAGGCGCGGUAGGAGCCCUGGGCGUAGUAUCCCAUCUCGCUACGUCGCGGAUGACCCGGAGCGCGGAACGCUAGUUAGCAUGAACGCGGACGGCAGUGAAACUUAUUAUGUGAAUGGCGGAGAUUCGUCAGACGACGGGCCGGGAGGCGAGUAUAUCACAUAUCCGGCGGAUGAGAGCCACUAUUCCCACUUGAUGGCUGGCGAUACAGAUGUCAACCCGCAAAGCUACGAAGGAGAUGCGGGCUUCGAGUCAGAGGACGACGACCCGUAUGCCCGCGACUUCCAAUUCGCAGUCGGGUGUCCUGACGAAGAAAUGCACGGCAAGGCAGUGGCACUCUUCGACUUUACGAGGGAGCAUGAGAACGAAUUGCCGUUAGUCGAAGGCCAGGUGAUCCUCGUCUCGUACCGACACGGACAUGGCUGGCUUGUAGCGGAAGACCCAAAGUCUGGUGAGAGUGGCUUGGUUCCCGAGGAGUUUGUUCGGUUACUCCGGGACAUUGAGGGUGGAUUGACGUCUUUGAACGACGAAUUUGAACCGGAUACGACGGAGAACCAGAACGACGUUGGUCCCCAACUACUAACCAGCCGGCGUGUGGCAUAG